ACCGACCGGAGACCCUUACCUCACUUCCUUGUUAGGUGCAAUAACCGUAUUUUGGUUUUGCCAUUCAAAAUGGCGGACAUUAUUUUGCAAACUCGGUCACUUUUUAGGCGCUUUUAUUAGGAAUGGCGUCGAAACAACACAUAAAGGAGGUGAUCAAUGCCUUAUGUAGGAUAAUUCUUCACAACGGUGGGACAAAAAUAGCUCCCGAGACCUUUCGACUCGCAAAAUUCGGUAAAAACGAAGUCACAGGAGUGAUGUGGAAAUUGCUGUACGAGACGGUUUGGUUUGUCAAGUUUAACACUUUCCGAACUACCGAGAAAUUUAAGGACGAAAAUAUGCAGGAUGCGAUAUUGUGGACCAAAUAUGAGCUUUAUGCAAGGGGAUAUUAUAUUCAGAAUUUCUAUGAAUUGCCAAAUGACAUUAGUUCUGGGAGUAGGGAAAUUUUGCUUGCCUUCGGCUGGCUGGUGUCAAAGUCGAAACUGCUCAAUAGUUUACUGGACAAUUGCAAUAACAUAUUUGAGGAGUGUUUGCCAACAGAAUGGGAAUCAUUGAUUGCCUCACACAAAUCACAUUCAGAAAAAUCAGACAAAUUUUCUAGGAAUUUAGAACUAGAAACUGACAAAUGUACUGACUUUAACCAGCUCUCUUGGAUUCUAGGAAAUUUGAUGUUAAGUUUUAAAGGAUUGUUCUCAGCAGAGAACCAGUUAGCGUCAUUGCUUGCCAAAGUGCAUUCAGCCACCCAGGGUGUAGCCACGCCCAAAGGCCACCUUUCAGCUUUGGAAGUGUUUCUGCUCCGACACCCAAAGGAACUUUCAAAAUUCUUAGAAAAAACUAUACAGUAUAAUGAAUAUCUUGGAAAUUUAUUGACAUUUACUGAAAUGCAAGAUAUCUUUUGGAAAUGGUUGGAAAGUGUGUAUGAAGUCAAAGGUCUGCAACACACAGGCUCAGAAAGCUUGAUGUGGAAUGGAGAGAGGACUUGCAAAAAGUGUCGUGAAAUUUCUGAGAGAAAAUUAUUGAGUAUUUGUCGCAUUCAACACGAGAUCCAGAAAGUUAUUGAUGAUAACAGCAAGCAGUGCUCAAUAUCAUCAGAACAAGCUGCGUCUGAUGAUAUGGAAACUGUAUGCCAAAUAAAAUUAGAAGAGCUUAAUCAGAAGUUGGAUGCUUUAUGUCUGGGUGGCAAAACUCGAUCCAAACAAGCCGAAAGACAAACAUUUCCAGAACUGAAGCAUGUUGGUAAUACUGGCAAUGUCAAACAACCAGAGAAAAGCAGUGCACAGAGGGAAAUUGAAGUAUUGAAAGUGAAACAUCUGGAGCUUGAAUUAAAACUUAUGGAACUCAGAAAUGAGCAUUUUGAUAUUUUGAAUAACUUAGCGGGAAACAUAGAAGACACUGUACUUAUUCCUCCAAUUGGGAAAAACAAAUACACUGAACUAAGAAAUAAAUAA